AUGGAUAAUAACUGUACGGAAAGAACGGACUUGACUAGGUGGAGACUGAAUGUUGACGAUAGUGGAAGACAGACAUGGCAUUAUUUAGAUGAAGAUGAGACUAAAAAUUAUCCUCAAUCCUUCGUUGAAAAGUAUUGGAUUGGAUUACCUUUUCAAUCGAAAACUUUUGAAAAGCCAAAAACAGCUUUCGAAGCAGCUCAAAAUGGAUUCGAAUUUUUUAAACAAUUACAAACUUCCAAUGGUUAUUGGGCAUGUGAAUCUAGCGGGUUGACGUUUUUGACACCAUUACUUAUUAUUACUAUGUAUAUUACGCAAAUUCCUAUUCCUGAAUCUUGGAGAAUAGAAACUAUUAGAUAUUUGACGAAUAAAGCGAGUCCUAUUGACGGUGGAUGGGGGUUGCAUAUUGAACAUCACUCAACAGUAUUUGGGACUACUUUGAGUUAUAUUGCGCUUCGUAUCUUGGGCCUUGAUCCAGAUCAUCCAGUAAUGAUAAAGAGUAGAACAACUUUGCACAAAUUUGGAGGUGCAAUUGGUAUAUCUCCAUGGGGAAAAUUUUGGUUGGCAUGUUUAAAUGUAUAUGACUGGGAUGGGCUUAAUCCAUUUCCACCAGAACUAUGGAUAUUGUUAUGGCGUAGAAUAAGUGCCGAAAUUACUCCACUAAUUGAGAGACUUAGGCAGGAACUAUAUAUUCAACCAUUUGAGACAAUUAAUUGGUCAAAAGCUCGAAAUAAUAUUGCUAUGGUUGACCUUUCUGUUCCGCAUACUAAAUUAUUGAAUUUAUGCAAUUAUAUUGCAAUUCAAGAGUGUUACGAAUUAAUUAAACUUGAUGAUGAAAAUACUGAUUAUCUUAAUAUUGGUCCUGUAAAUCUUAAUCUUUAUAUUGUAUAUAUU